AUGAGCAGGGCGUCGUGCACAGACGAGGCGACUAUCAUGGCAAGUUCAGGAUAUGAUGUUGUGGUAGAUGUGGAUGAUGAGGGCGACCUUGGCCGCACCGAUCUUCAAGAUGACCUUGAAUUUCAUACCUCCACAUUCGCCGAGACAUCCACUGCGGGACGAAAGGGCAGGUCCUCGCCUGGUUUGCUACCACCUCCUGCUACCGCGUCGUCAACCGGGGGCAAGCGCAUGCUGUGGACUAUAGGAUUUUAUCAACAAUUCUUUGAUGUGGACACGACUGCAGUGCUCUCAAGAUGCUGGGCCUCGCUCUUUCCUCGGGCAAACUUCCUGGAUGUUCUAGAAGGAAACCCGGACCUCUACGGACCGUUUUGGAUUGCAACGACAGUAGUAUUGAUUCUGUUCUUGGGAGGGACGAUUGGCGACUACAUGUCUACCGAGAAGGGCACCCCGUUUGCCUACAAUUUCAGGCUGCUGAGUGGCGCUGCUGGACUGAUCUACGGCUAUACCCUCUUCGUUCCUAUCGGUCUCUUCCUCAUUCUCCGCUAUUUUGGAUCCGAGGCCGCCAAUCUUCUAGAAUGUUGGGCCCUCUACGGCUAUGCAAAUCUAAUAUGGGUGCCUGUUGCGCUCAUAAGCUGGUCCCCAAUCGACAUCCUGAAUUGGACCUUUGUUGCGAUUGGCUUUGGGAUGAGCACAACCUUCCUCCUUCGUAACCUCUAUCCCGUACUCAGCGCAACGGACCGGCAGAUUAGCAAGGGCUUGCUAAUUGUUGUCGUGGCCCUCCACUUCGGCUUGGCCCUCACCGUCAAGUUUCUGUUCUUUGCGCACAAGAGUCCGCUGCAUCCAGAUAAUCCGACUCCGAUUGGUGGCGGGGGUGAGGGAGACUCUUAA